GUCAGAUUUCCUUUUCCGCUCUCGCUCGCGGCAGUAACCAUGGCGGACGGCUAACGAAGUUGUGCCUUGAGACACAACUACAGCAUUUGGGUUCCGUUUAGAAAGCUUUAACGGGUUAUCUCAGUUUGCCUUUGGCUGCCAAAGGGGUGUCGGGCGUUUUGCUCGACUAGUAUUUCCUGAAUAAAAGGUAAAGUCACGUUUUAUCUCCUGAUCGGCUAUCAAUGCUGAGUCGGCCCUGGUUACAAGUGCGUGCUAACUUUAGCUAACAGCUAACAGAUCACUCAAUGAGAUUCAAUGAAAUGUUGAUAAAUAGAGCACCGAUUCUUUUCUCUUUGAAGUCUAAAGAUACAUUCUCUGUGUUUUGAUAAGCUACAUCAAGAAAGAGAGACUUUACAUGGCUAAACGCAGCUUUAGUCCUGUCGACUUUGUGUUACUGUAACUCCUGAUGUUAGCUAACCAUCCAGUUUGAAGACAUUAUGUGACUAAAAAGCGUCUUUCUCUCUCUGAGUUAACAUUUGUAUGGAUGCAAAACAUUUACUUUGAUGUGCAGAAUGAAAUGCAUUGAGCUGUCCGUCUCUAAGAAGCUCUAAAGCAUCUUUUAGUUUUUCCCAUUUCAUGAUUGAAUAACAUUACAGUCUAAUGAAGACGUGCUCACAGAGGUUGUUUUUGUGUGUCAAACUUGUAACAUCUGCUGGGUUUCAACAUCUGACAGGCUGAAGGAGACGCACCAGCAAGAUGGGGCGACGAUCGACCUCCUCCACCAAGAGUGGGAAGUUUAUGAACCCCACCGACCAGGCCAGUAAGUAACCGAGGACACAGACCUGCUGGAGAAGACCUUAGAAAUACUGAGUUUGUUUCUAUGAUGGUGGUAACUGAUGUACACUUGUGUUUCUACUUCCUUCAUAGGGAAGGAGGCGAGAAAAAGGGAGCUAAAAAAGGUAAGAAUGCUUUAAAUAUAGAGCACUGCUUUCCUCAGUUUUUCCCCCUGAAAUAAAAGAAUUAUGAUGGAAAUGUCAGGAAAGAUUUGAUGAGAACAAACGUUAUGCUGUUUUUCUGAAUUAACAAGAAACUGGCAGUGUUGGAUUCCCUUUAUAGAAUUUGUAGAAGGAUUUCCAUUUCAUUGAUACAUCUUGAGUUGCAUUUGAUAGUUACAACCAUUUUAAAACAUGCUCAAAACAUCAAUUUCUUAGGAGCUCUCUGUAUUGCUAUCCAACGGUCAUUACUAAAGUUGGUUUAACUAGAGAAGCAAGCAGUUGGCAACAUUCAUCUCUCAACAGGGUGUCUAACUCUGUGUUACAGUUUGUUUGACCCUUAAUUUUAUGCCGGAUUAUCCCUUUAAAUGUUUCUCCAGGGUUAGCUGAGCCAUUAAGGCAUGCUUCACUAACACAAGAUGAUGCAUCUGACUUGCGUUCAGGCAGACAAGUGGUGUCUUAAGAGACCACUCAGCAAAUGCUGUAGUACUGAAUACCCCUAGAGUUCAUCUGAUAGUUUUAGGUUUUAUGUUUUGAUGUAGAGAAACUUUUUUGUUUGUUUGUUUAAGUGAAUGCAGCAUGCAUCCUCACUCAUCAGCUCACUCAUAACAGUUACCUUAUCAUGUUGUUAACAGUUUUCUUCAUUUGUUAAACCAACUUUUAGAACAAGAAGCAGAGGAUGAUGGUGAGAGCAGCGGUGCUGAAGAUGAAGGAUCCCAGACAGAUUAUCAGAGACAUGGAGAAGCUGGAUGAGAUGGGUGAGGCUGAAUUUGUCUUACCACCAAACGGGCUAAUUUCCCAAACAUAUAAACUGUUUGGCUCUUGGAUGAAUAUCUCUAAUUUUUCGUAUCUCAUUUCUCCAUCAGAGUUCAACCCUGUUCAGCAGCCAUUACUGAAUGAGAAAGUGCUGCGUGACAAGAGGAAGAAGCUACGUGAAACCUUUGAACGGAUUGUCCGCCUGUAUGAGAGAGAGAACCCCGACACCUACAAAGAGCUGCGCAAACUGGAACUGGACUAUGAAACCAAACGAGGACAGCUGGCUCUCUAUUUUGACUCAGUGAAGGUGUGUUUGUGUGAACAGUUUCUACGGGUAUUUGUUGGAAUCCAUUUGAGCUUCAUAAAUCAAUUGCAUUUUAAGCUAACAACUAGAAUAAUCCUCUGUGUGUGUUGGAGAUUGUAGGUUUAUAAUAGCUUUGUAACCUCUUGCUUGGCUGAGAUGUAACAAUUGGAUGAUCUUUAAUUCAAGUUAAAACCAAUACUUAGACUGCUCUUGAAACAGGUCAUGAAAUGCUGGAAAAAUGUUUAUUUGGAGAAUUAGUCUGUAUGCCUCUGGUUUGUUUUCUUUAAUUAGUAUGCUCGACUUUAAUGGCCAGUGAUCCUUAUCAUCUUUACUGCAUAGACUUUGUCAUGCCUCUACAUUUACUCUUAUGUGAUCUGUUUACCUUUAAAAAAACAAACACACAGAAUGCAGAGUCGGUGGAGGUCGACAGUAUCCCUCUGCCAGACAUGCCGCAUGCCCCCUCAAAUAUCCACAUCCAGGACAUCCCAUUACCAGGGGCUCAGCCUCCCUCCAUACUGAAGAAGAGCGCCACUUUUGGGUAAGCAUCACAGGGCAGGCUAGUCUCUUGUCAAAGCACUGCAUUACCACAUACUUAUCACUAAAAGGUACACAUAACCUUGUGUCAUUUGUCAGGGCUCUGGCAUGUAAUUCCCCUCUGCACAUGACUGUAUAUCUAUACCCGCUGAGCACUGUAUUCGAUCUGCUGUGUCUGAUAGAAAAAGUCAUGCUAGCUAAAGAGACCUGUAUAACAGUAUUUAUACAAUGAUCAUUGAUAAGUAUCUCUUCAGCUAAGUUUUAAUCAAUUAGAAUAUGAGUGUGUGUGUGUGUGUGUGUGUGUGUGUGUGUGUGUGUGUGUGUGUGUGUGUGUGUGUGUGUGUGUGUGUGUGUGUGUGUUCUACAGGUGAGCUCAGCAUUUAUUACCCUUACACUGACAUGACUCUUUAUUAAGGGAAUUCUUCUUUUCUGUUCCUCUCAGUAAAGCGACGUCAGCUUCUGGGCCGGCCGUGGUGACAGUACCAGGUGUGCCACGUUUACCUCCAGGGAAGAAACCCCCUGGUCCCCCACCUGGACCCCCACCUCCACAGGUCCUAGCACUGUAUGGCAUUCCCUCUAGACGACCUUAUGGCACAGAAAUGGGUAAUGCACAGAACUGUUCUCUCUAUUCUCUUGAAUAUAUUUCUUGGUACUAAUGUUUCAGUGAACCAAAAUUAAAAUGUCCACUAAAAAGUGGCAGAUGUUCAUUUUUCUGCUCCACCUCACUGUACAGAGCCCACCAUUCCUGGGCUUGAAAAGGACUCUGCCAUGGACCUGGGCAGAGAUCGGGACAGUGGCAGCGACAGCGACAGAGAUCGGGAUGAUGACGAUGAUGACAGUGACUCUGAAGAGGACAGCGAAGACGAGAGAGAUGACAGAGACGACGUAGAACAGAGGAUGAGUGUGGACAGGCAGGAGGAUCAGAGGAUCAGAGAGGAGGACAGAGACAGAAUCGACAGACAUGCUGGUGAGUGUCUCAGAAGAGCUUCGGUAUGUUGUUCACUACUGCCUCACCACAUGGAAACUAGCACGUGCUUUCCUUUACAACAACAGUGCAUCAUUGUAUAUUGUUUUUUUUGUUUUUCAAUUUUGUUACUUUUAUAAAUCAUCGGGUAUAAAGUGCAUCAAUAUUUGUUGUGCAGUAAAGAUGCAGUGAUAGCAUUGCAUAUAAUAGAGGGCACAGUUACACUAUUUUUUUAAGAGUCUUUAAUGAUCUAAUGGGACACAGAAAAGUUGCAUGACACAAAACUUAUGUUUAGAGAUCCAUUUUUAGGAGACUUUCAAACACUUAUUUUCUUUUGUGUCUCGCUUCUCCAGGUCGCAGUGUUCGUUUCGCAGACAUGCCACCAGAGGCUCCUCGUGAAGGAAAGAGGAAGAAAAAGAGGAUGGUGAAGAGGACUAAGGCCAUCACUCCUCUACAGGCCAUGAUGUUGAGGAUGGCAGGUACUGAUGUUUGACUCGGUCUGCUGUUUUCUUUACAUGCCGGCUUACCUUUGUCUCUAUUUCAGUUAACAUGUUGCAACAUUGUGUGUCUGUUCUCAGGUCAGUCAGUACCUGAAGAGGAGGAGGAAGAAGAGGUAGAGGAGGAAUAUACAGAUGAGUCAGACACUUCAGACAUUGAGGACAGGGGACCACCGGGGGACAACCAGCCCCACCUCAUGGCCAAUCAGCGUCUACCCCCUCCCCCCGGACCAGUGGGACAGCAAGUGCCUCCACACAUGCAAGGUCCACCAAUGACUGGGCCCCCACCACUUGGUCCACCCCCAGCUCCUCCAAUGAGGCCUCCUGGUCCUCCCUCUGGCCCACCUCCUGGCCCCCCACCAGGUAUGUUACAGCCUUUUAUUGGCUGAUAAACUCGUCUCUAACUGCAGACUGAAUACUUUUAAAAAUCCCUUACGCUGUUGUUUUUGUAGCCCUUUGUGUGCGAUAUUUUGUUGAUAUGUGCAUUAUAAUAAGUUUUGCAUGGUAUGCCAGUUUAUUGAACUUUUUCAAAUUUUUUUAGUCUAAAUGAAAUUUAAUUAGAGUUCCUGACAUUCUGUAUAUAAAGACCAAAUGGUUCAAUGCGUAUGUCAGACUGUCAGUGUUUACGGAGACAAGCACCUGUCAGUCAUUCGUAGUUAUACAGUAUGAGCUUCUGCUUCCAUUGAGAGUGAGAAAAGCAAUGCCUCUGUCUAAACAUGUCCACUACUGACAACAACAGUGAAACAUCUUCCAAAAGAACCAGUUUACCUAAAGCAGUGCUAAAGUAGCAGACACCCAGAACUCUCCAAAGAGUUCAAAACACAACAGAUUAGCAUAUAAGGUAGCAGGCCAGCCCAUGGUUAAAGAGUUGUUUAAUUGUACGAUAUGUGAUAUAUAACGUCAGCAUAUUAGUAGCUGGUCAAUAUCAGGCUGACCCAGUAUCUGAAAUAACAUGGGCAGCCUUAAAAAAUAUGAGUUUCAUAGAGACAAAUAUUUUGUGCUUAAGUUAUGAGAGAUCUCUUGUGUGCUUACUAAAACAUAUUUAUCUAAACCUCAUCGGGCUACUAGUGAACAGUUGUUCUUCUUCUUUGUUUGCUGCAGCGUCAGAGAACAAGUUCAGUAAACGAGGCACACUUGAACAUCUGACCCCAUAUCUGUAACUGUGACCUAAUAGUCUGCGACUUUUUCAGUUAUUGCUUUGUGUUGAAAUAUUGUAAAUAAACUACAAAAUUGAAAUAUGAGCAACCGCUGUAGAAAUUCUCUGUGUGACUCACAUUAAUGUAAUACAUUCUGUUAUCUUAAGGGGCUCCUCCAUUCCUGAGGCCUCCUGGAAUGCCUGGAGGCUUAAGAGGUCCAAUGCCUCGUCUUCUGCCUCCUGGACCUCCACCUGGUCGGCCCCCUGGCCCCCCACCAGGCCCCCCUCCUGGCUUGCCGCCAGGCCCCCCACCUCGAGGACCCCCUCCCAGACUCCCACCUCCAGCACCACCAGGUAGGCACAUAUGUGGAUGUAAUCUGUGUUAACGUGCAGAUAUGUGUGGGUGCUUUCUUACAAAGGGUCUAGUGUGUUUUAGCAGACUAGAUUUCUGCUGAGCAAACAUGACAUCAUUCCUUGUUGAACAUGACAUCCAGAUAGCGUAUAUUUGGUCCUCUCUGCUCUGCUGCAGUAAAAAUAGACCACCUCGUAGAUUUAAAGUUGUGAUAACACACUUUGUGUCGCAGAUGUUUGCAUUUGCAGAGAGGCAUGUCUUGUACCUUUCUCAUCCAAACACAUCUGCCAAAUGUCUUGUUUAAAGGUAUCCCACCUCCAAGAGCAGGAGCGCCCCCACGUCCACUCGCUCCACCCCUCUCCCUCUUCCCUCCACCUCUCAACUCCAACGUGCUCAGCGCUCCUCCCAGCAUUGUCCAGCGACAGAAAGGCCCUGGAGGCGGCCAGGAUGGUCCUCCGAGCAACAUGCCGCCCCCUGCCAUGCCCAUGCCCAUGAGACCUGGAGUCAUGCAGAUGCCUCCACCUCCUGGUACAGCUGCUGCAGCUUCAGGCGCCAACCCAGGCGCCAACCCUCACCAUGCAGCCACUAUCGAGAAGAGGGCAAACAUCACCUCUGUGGUGGCAGCUGGAGGCAGCCUCGCAGUGGGUGCUGGCUCCGGUGGGGCCACAAUUUCUGCCAAACCUCAGAUUAUCAAUACAAAGGCGGAGGUCACCCGCUUUGUGCCCACUGCACUGAGGGUGCGUAGGGACAAGAGUGGAGCAAUGCCAGGGGCAGCUCCAGGGCCUGUGGAGAAAGCAGGGAUAGGUUUAGGACGAAGGGGGGAUGAUGGCAUGGGAGGGGGACAGGUGCAGAAACAGCAUGCAGCAGCGGGUGCCAUGGGCCUGGUCAACCCGGCCCAGAUUAGUGCUGUGUCUCAGCCCAACAUGAAGACAAAGGACCAGGUGUAUGAAGCCUUUAUGAGGGAGAUGGAGGGACUCCUCUGAGACUCUGGACGGUCUUAGGGUGAAUGUUGUGUGCAGCACUCUGAACAAAAAGAGUGUUCCUGAUUUAGGUGUUUUCUGUGCAGAGUCAUAGAGGUAUCAAGGCUAUCAGCUAGACCAGUUCCUUUAGUCAACAGCUGGCCCAUCUUUGUUUGAUCUGGACUUGUAUUUACUGUAUCUUAAUGAAUGUGAAUUUCAUGCGCGCAAAAAAUCUGAUCUUAUACUUCAUUAGAAACCUUCAAAAAGGUGAUUACUGGCCCUCAUUCAAAGAACUCUAUUGACCAACAAGUGAAUUUUCUCUGCUAGUUUGUCAUAUAUAUUUGCUCCCUCUGUGUUUUGCCUCCUGACAUCUUUUUGUAUGAUUUUAUGACUGUUUGUUUUACUCCAGUGUCAACCUUAUCAAUAAGUUAGUCUUCAAAAUGGAGCUUGUCAACCAUUGACAAAAUACACGAGUGUUAAACUGAAAUGAACUGAAAAUAUUUGCAGCUGAAUAAACACUUUUGAAACAAUAAUUUUCCUCAUGAUUUAG